AUGGCUUCCAACCCAGACCCUCAGCCUAAAAAACGAGAGUCCCGUGCUGGGACGCGAAAGGUGACGUCUCUCUCGGCAGAACAGCUCGAAAGGAAGCGCGCCAACGAUCGGGAGGCCCAAAGGACUAUUCGUCAGCGGACAAAGGAGCACAUCGAACGUCUGGAGCACCAAGUAGCGGAACUAAAAUCAAAAGGGGAACAAUAUGAUCAUGUCGUCCGAAGAAAUACUGCUUUAGAAAACGAGAUCAGGGCUUUAAAACAACAACUAGCCUUGGCAAGAAGUGGACAAGCCUAUUCAAGCCCAGCCGAGGGCUCAUACAAUACCCCUUCCGGGCCAGUACUUCCUUCUCAAUUCCCAGAGCCCUUGAGUGUAAAUCCAGUUUCCAGAACCCCAUCGGCUCUUUCAGCAUCCAGUCAAGUCUCCGUUGUGCCUGACUGGCAACAGUACGGCUCCACAGGGUCACCAUCUAUCUGUGAAUCGUCGGACGCAGAUUACUCGAACAGGGUAGAACCUUUUAUAUUCGAAGGCCAGUUACAAACGUCGAACCCGAUGCCUGUUGCAGCACCCCAAGCUAGCUUCAAUACCCCCAGCGGCCAUCCUGCUGAGUCCAGUUUCCACUCAUAUUCACACUUGUACCCAGGAGGGGUUCCCAACCAAGUGCGCCGAGGGGAGCAUCCGCACAACCCCCAACACAACGGGAACUUCGUGGGUACCCAGUUAUUCACGCCGCGCAACAGUAUCAACAAGUCCCGGAACAGCCCCCAAGAAACGAUUACAGUUAUGACUGGACUCGUCGACAGUGAUUCCGCUGGCAAGUGGUCAUUAAAGGUGGCAUUUCUUCAUUGUGGCCUAAAUGUCGAUGCACAAAUUCAAUACCGGUGUCCACUACGCGAUGGGAAUAUCCGUGCAAUACAGGCACGAAGCAAAUAUUCGACCAUCUAUACCAACCCAAUUCGUCCAUGGGACAUCAAUGCGUACGCCGGUCUUACUCACCCUUUGCCAUGGUAA